UUUACAAAUCUUGCCAAGAUGGCUGCCGAUUUGGACAGAAAGCAACGAGAUUCAGAAAUGAAAAGUGCAAUCAAUGACAAACUAAAUGAAAAUUUUGAACGAGAAAGGUUAAUGGAGUUAUUAAGAACCAGAUUAAAGGAGUGUGGCUGGAGGGAUAGACUAACUCAAGAAUGCAAAGACAUAAUUAGAGAAAAAGGGUUGGAUAAAGUGACAGUUGAUGACCUAGUGAGUGAGGUUACACCAAAAGCAAGAGAACUAGUUCCAGAUGAAGUGAAACGAGAGUUGUUGGAUAAAAUCCGAAACUACUUUGGUGAUAAUGUCUGAACAUCAUUUUCUAGCAUCAGUCUGGUUAUUAUCUACUU